CCCAAUCUUCUCGCGGUUUCGCCUGCUACCCUCUAUUUAGGUCACCCGCCGUAUACCCUCUCUCUCUCUCAAUUAUCAUCUUAAAUUGAUAGAUCUGUGUAAAAUCUACCAGACGAAAUCCUAAUAAUGACGCUUGGCUCAGGAGGAUCGGGUAUUGUAGUUCCAAGAAACUUCAGAUUGUUGGAGGAACUUGAACGUGGAGAAAAGGGCAUUGGUGAUGGCACUGUCAGCUAUGGGAUGGAUGAUGGAGAUGAUAUUUACAUGCGCUCUUGGACUGGAACCAUUAUUGGCCCCCAUAAUUCUGUACAUGAAGGACGCAUUUAUCAACUGAAGCUGUUUUGUGACAAAGAUUACCCUGAGAAGGCACCAAGUGUCCGAUUCCAUUCCCGGAUCAAUAUGACAUGUGUCAACCAUGAAACAGGAGUGGUGGAACCGAAGAAAUUUCCAAGUCUUGGGAAUUGGCAUAGAGAGUAUACAAUGGAAGACAUAUUGACUCAGCUGAAAAAGGAGAUGGCUGCUCCUCAUAAUAGGAAGUUAGUGCAGCCUCCUGAAGGUACCUACUUCUAAUGUAGAAUAUACUGCGAGGUUGAUUGCUUGUUUUAUCUGUAUAAAAACAGUUAAUUUCAAUCGAGAUCCUUUCGCCCGCAAAGAUACAAGAUAGAAAACUUGAAAACAAAACAACCAUCCUUAUGCAUCUUUUUUUGUUUGUGUGUGCUGCCUUUAUGUUUCUAUUGUGUAAUUGACUGGACCUUUCUGUCUAACCAAUGGAGUUUGAUUGGUGUGAAAUAUUAUUAUUAAAGUUCUUGAAUUAGGGAAAAUUUGGGGAAAGAGCAUAAUUAUUGGU